UGCUUUCCGUUUAUUUCCAUAUAUAAAAUAUCAAAUCUAAUCACUUGCGCCAUUUCUAUCUCUCUCCAAACUCUCACCGAAAUGGUAUACUACACUGUAUCAGGCAUACGUUUUCCUUGUGCACCUUCACUCUACAAAUCUCAGCUCACCAGCUUCCAUGGCGGUCGAAGGACCUCUUCUGGCCUUUCCUUCCUCUUGAAGAAGGAGCUGUUUCCUCGGAAGAUCUUUGCUGGAAAGUCCUCUUAUGAAUCUGACUCCUCAAAUUUAACUGUCUCUGCAUCUGAGAAGGUCCUUGUUCCUGAUGAUCAGAUUGAUGGCUCUUCUUCUUCAACAUAUCAAUUAGAAACCACUGGCACAGUUUUGGAGGAAUCCCAGGUUCUUGGUGAUGCAGAGAGUCUUGUGAUGGAAGAUGAUAAGAAUGUUGAGGAGGAUGAAGUAAAAAAAGAGUCGGUUCCAUUGCAUGAGACAAUUAGCAUUGGAAAAAGUGAAUCUAAACCAAGGUCCAUUCCUCCACCUGGCAGUGGGCAGAGAAUAUAUGACAUAGAUCCAAGCUUGGCAGGUUUCCGUCAGCAUCUUGACUACCGAUAUUCACAGUACAAAAGGCUGCGUGAGGAAAUUGACAAGUAUGAAGGUGGUUUGGAUGCAUUCUCUCGUGGAUUUGAAAAGUUUGGUUUCUUACGCAGUGAAACAGGAAUAACUUAUAGGGAAUGGGCACCUGGAGCUACGUGGGCUGCACUUAUUGGAGAUUUCAACAAUUGGAAUCCUAAUGCAGAUGUCAUGACUCGGAAUGAGUUUGGUGUCUGGGAGAUUUUUUUGCCAAAUAACGCAGAUGGUUCACCACCAAUUCCUCAUGGUUCUCGAGUAAAGAUACGCAUGGAUACUCCAUCUGGCAUCAAAGAUUCAAUUCCUGCUUGGAUCAAGUUCUCAGUUCAGGCACCUGGUGAAAUCCCAUACAAUGCCAUAUACUAUGAUCCACCAAAGGAGGAGAAGUAUGUGUUCAAACAUCCUCAGCCAAAGAGACCAAAAUCACUUAGGAUUUAUGAAUCUCAUGUUGGAAUGAGUAGUACGGAGCCAAUAAUUAACACAUAUGCCAACUUUAGAGAUGAUAUGCUUCCUCGCAUCAAAAAGCUUGGCUACAAUGCUGUUCAGAUCAUGGCUAUUCAAGAGCAUUCCUAUUAUGCUAGUUUUGGGUACCAUGUCACAAACUUUUUUGCACCUAGCAGCCGAUUUGGAACUCCUGAUGAUUUGAAGUCUUUAAUAGAUAAAGCUCAUGAGUUAGGGCUGCUUGUUCUCAUGGAUGUUGUUCAUAGCCAUGCGUCAAAUAAUACGUUGGAUGGGCUGAACAUGUUUGAUGGUACGGAUAGUCACUACUUCCACUCUGGAUCACGGGGUCAUCAUUGGUUGUGGGACUCUCGCCUUUUCAACUAUGGAAGCUGGGAGGUGCUAAGAUUUCUUCUUUCAAAUGCAAGAUGGUGGUUGGAGGAGUACAGGUUUGAUGGUUUUAGAUUUGAUGGGGUGACUUCAAUGAUGUACACUCACCAUGGGUUGCAGGUAGCUUUUACUGGCAACUACAAUGAGUACUUUGGAUAUGCAACUGAUGUAGAUGCUGUGAUUUAUUUGAUGCUUGUGAAUGAUAUGAUUCACGGUCUUUUCCCUGAGGCUGUUACCAUUGGUGAAGAUGUUAGCGGAAAGCCAACAUUUUGCAUUCCAGUGGAAGAUGGUGGUGUUGGAUUUGAUUACCGUCUCCACAUGGCCAUUGCCGAUAAAUGGAUUGAGAUUCUUAAGAAGAGAGAUGAGGACUGGAAAAUGGGUGACAUUGUGCAUACACUCACCAACAGAAGGUGGUUGGAAAAAUGUGUUGCUUAUGCUGAAAGUCAUGACCAAGCUCUUGUUGGUGACAAAACUAUUGCAUUUUGGCUGAUGGACAAGGACAUGUACGACUUCAUGGCUCGUGACAGACCAUCUACUCCUCUUAUAGAUCGUGGAAUAGCAUUGCACAAAAUGAUCAGGCUUAUUACCAUGGGCUUAGGCGGAGAAGGAUAUUUGAAUUUUAUGGGAAAUGAAUUUGGACAUCCUGAGUGGAUUGAUUUUCCAAGAGGGGAUCGACAUCUGCCCAAUGGUAAAGUAAUUCCAGGGAACAACCACAGUUAUGAUAAAUGCCGUCGUAGAUUUGAUCUAGGUGAUGCAGACUAUCUAAGAUAUCAUGGAAUGCAAGAGUUUGAUCAGGCAAUGCAACAUCUUGAAGAAGCCUAUGGUUUCAUGACUUCUGAGCACCAGUAUAUAUCACGGAAGGAUGAAGGAGAUCGGAUCAUUGUCUUUGAGAGGGGAAACCUUGUUUUUGUAUUCAACUUUCAUUGGACUAACAGCUAUUCAGAUUACCGAGUUGGCUGCUUCAAGUCAGGAAAGUACAAGAUUGUUUUGGACUCAGAUGAUGGCUUGUUUGGAGGCUUCAACAGGCUUAGUCAUGAUGCCGAGCACUUCACCUUUGACGGGUGGUAUGAUAACCGGCCUCGGUCCUUCAUGGUAUAUGCACCAUCUAGGACAGCAGUGGUCUAUGCUUUAGUAGAAGAUGAAGAGAAUGAAGCAAAGAAUGAAGUAGAAAGUGAAGUGAAACCAGCCUCCGGCUGAGAUAGAUAUUUAGUAAGAGGAUCCCCUAAAGCAGGAAUGGUUAACCUGUGCAUCUGCAUUGAACGACGUAUAUUGAGACUGGAAUUGAUUUGCUGCUCAGGACACAGAAUAUUAAUUCCAAGGCUCAAGGCAGAGAUACACGCCAUAAUGCAUGAUCAUAUGAAAGCUGCAAAACUUGUAAAUCAUUUAGCAAGCUGCGUGCACUCUGUAAAUUAUAUGUAGUACUUUGGCAAGUCACGUUAUUAUGGAUACCAUGGAUGUCCGCUAGGAAAAAUUUUGUGUAUAUGCCUACUAGGAUUUUUAAAUCUCGCAUGUUCCACAUAAAGUGGUGGUUGAAUGUUGCGCGACUAUUUUUGAGUAAAAUGAUUGAAGUUAUUCUUCA